AUGCAGAAGUCCACACUGACCCGUGGUUCUAGGAGGAGGAGGAGGAGGGUGCUCGCAUGGUUUGCAGUGCCGCGUGGUGCUCCCCUGGGAGCAAAGAGCGAAAACCCGGUGAAAACCCGUCGAGAGGCGGGAGGGAGCCGAGGGCUCUCGGGGCAGAGCAGCACCAGGUCCCCGCGCUCCGGCGUCCCCUCUCUGCUCGACACCAGCAGCGCUCCGCCGGCUCCCGGGGGGGUCCCGGCGUACCCCGGCCCCCCGGGGACCUAUCCUGGAGGACCAGGAGCGUAUCCUGGAGCACCCGGAGCGUUCCCUGGAGCACCAGCUGGACCAGGGCUGUAUCCUGCCCCAGGACAACCGCCCAGUGCCCUGGGAUUCGGGCCCUCUCCUCCGCAGGGGGGACCGGCUCCUCCGAUGAAAGUCCCCUUCGAUCUGCCCCUGCAGGCAGGACUCCUCCCUCGGCUGCUCAUAACCAUCACCGGGACCAUCAACCCCAACGCCAACAGGUUUUCACUGGAUUUCAAGAAAGGGAAUGACAUUGCCUUCCACUUCAAUCCCCGCUUUAAUGAAGACAACAGGAAAGUCAUCGUCUGUAAUUCGAUGUUCCAGAAUAACUGGGGAAAGGAGGAGAGGACAGCUCCUAGGUUUCCAUUUGAAGCUGGAAAACCCUUCAAGCUCCAGAUCCUUUGCGAGGUGGAUCACUUCAAGGUAGCAGUCAACGACGCUCACUUGCUGCAGUACAGCUUCCGCGAGAAGCAGCUGAACGCGAUCACCAAACUCUGCAUUGCUGGGGACAUCACCCUCACCAGCGUCACACCCACCAUGAUAUAA